UAAGAGACCCACCAGUUAUUUAUUUUUUUAAUUAAUAUUUUUAUUUUUGGAAAUUUUCUGGCAGAAAGGGGAUAGCAGCACUGAGCUAGGAGAUAUUUCACAAAGCUGGCUGAAACUAUCCGGGCUAUACUACAGUAACCCCAGUUUGAAUUAGCCGGGUUACGUAAUCUGUUCCGUUUGCCAGAGCAAGGUUGCGGCUCCAGAGCUGAAGCUAAUUCACCUGCUGAAAGCCAGGUUUGGGCUCUGAAGUUAUGCUCACUUUCCUGGACUUUAAACAGCCCAAGUAAACUGAACGGCGAUCGAAACGUUCGAUCAGAAAAAAUGGCAGAAGAAAGUGCAGUACCGUUUAUAGCGGGGGUGCAGGAACUCAUUAUGGAGUUUUAUGAAGAUUACAAACCCAUAAUUCCAAAAAAGGCAACACGACAGUAAUGAAUAAAGCGAGAGAGACGCUGCCUGGGAAUCGAUUGCCGAGCGCAUAAAUGCUUAAGUUAGUCUUAUUGCGCGUGCUUUGCAUCUCUUCAAUAAAAAUAAAAAGCGACACGAUCGGUUUCGCGCAGAAGACAAAUAUACUUAAGCUGUUAUCACUUUCAACCGUUAGUUUGAACAACGGAGCUGUGAUUCUAGCGUGUGCGAUCCUGCGGCCGCUGGAAAGCCUUUAUCUUUUCUCUCUCUUUUUGUGUGUGUGGGUUUUGGCUGUUUGGUCUGCGAAUCUCCGGCGAUAGUGUGAAAUCUCCACGCCGGCACCCUGCUCAUGUCCAGUUUGAGCCGAUGAGCGUUUCCUGGAAUCAAAACGGCUUUUUCCACCAGUUUGCUCGUGAGCGUUUGGGACAGGGAUUGUUUUUGUUGAAGCAGAGAAUUAUGGGGAAACUGCUACCUAUUCUGAGCGCUGGACAGACAGCAUAGCCCGUUUCACACAGAGGGUGGCCUGGGACGCCCUCCCGGAGGAAGGCUGAGCGUUUAGGGAGGAUCCCCGUCCUGCACCCGCCCCCCACCCCCCGCCCCGCCCCGCCGCCGGACCGCCGCCCCAGACACGGUCACCCAAACACAGAGUGCAGCGCUGAUUAAAGUCCCAUCACUCCCAGGACAGGAUAGAGUCCUAAACGCUGUUUCCACGGCAAAGCAAUGACUGAAGGUCGCACUGCUGCCCGACAGGCCCGGACCCAGCAGAAACUCUUCACCAUGGAUGUGGAUGAAGAGGAGAACAUGAGUUCCAGCAGCACCGACGUGAAGGAGAACCGCAACCUGGACAACCUGUCCUCCAAGGAGGGCCCGGGCGAGGCCGCCCAGCUCCUCCUCCUCCCCAACGGCGGCGGAGGCGGAGGCGGAGGCGGCGGCGGGGGGGGGCCGGGCCGCAAGCGCCCGCUGGAGGAGGGCAACAACGGGCACGCCGCCCACUCCAAGUUCCGGCCCAAGAAGCGGAAGAAGACGCCGGGGCCCGUGCUGCCCAAGAACGCGCUGAUGCAGCUGAACGAGAUCAAGCCGGGCCUGCAGUACCGGCUGCUCUCGCAGACGGGCCCCGUGCACGCGCCCGUCUUCGUCAUGACCGUGGAGGUCAACGGGCAGCUCUUCGAGGGCUCGGGCCCCACCAAGAAGAAGGCCAAGCUGAACGCGGCCGAGAAGGCGCUGCGCUCCUUCGUGCAGUUCCCCAACGCCUCGGAGGCGCACCUGGCCAUGGGGCGGACGCUGACGGUCAACACCGACUUCACCUCCGACCAGGCCGACUUCCCCGACAUGCUCUUCAACGGCUUCGAGACGCCGGCCCCGCCCGAGGACCCUUUUUAUCUGGGCGCCAACGGCAACGGGGCCUUCGGGCCGCUGGGGGAGUACCCGCUGCCCGCCGCGGCGACGGGGACGGGGGCCGGGGGAGCGGCGGGCGGGGCCAACAGCCUGGCGCAGUCGCCGCUCCCCGCCCCCCCCUCGGCCUUCGCCGCCGCGCCCUCCGGCGGGAAGAACCCGGUGAUGAUCCUGAACGAGCUGCGGCCGGGCCUCAAGUACGACUUCGUGUCGGAGAGCGGCGAGAGCCACGCCAAGAACUUCGUCAUGAGCGUGACGGUGGACGGCCAGACCUUCGAGGGCUCCGGCCGCAACAAGAAGCUGGCCAAGGCCCGCGCCGCCCAGGCCGCCCUGUCCGCCCUCUUCAACAUGCAGCUGGACCAGACGCCGUCCCGUCAGCCCAUCCCCCGAGAGGGCCUGCAGCUGCACCUGCCGCAAGUUCUGGCGGACGCCGUCUCCCGUCUGGUGGUGGACAAGUUCAGCGAGCUGACGGACAACUUCACGUCCCCCCACGCGCGGCGGAAAGUCCUGGCGGGAGUCGUCAUGACGACAGGCACUGACGUCAAAGAAGCCCAGGUGAUCUGCGUUUCCACGGGAACAAAGUGCAUAAACGGAGAGUACAUGAGCGACCGCGGCCUGGCGCUGAACGACUGUCACGCGGAGAUAAUCGCCCGGCGCUCCCUCAUCCGGUACCUGUACACGGAGCUGGAGCACUUCCUCUGCAACAGCAAAGAGGAGCACCAGAAGUCGAUAUUCGUCAGGUGCGAGAAGCACGGCUACCGGCUGAAGGACAACGUGCAGUUCCACCUGUACAUCAGCACCUCGCCCUGCGGAGACGCCCGAAUCUUCUCGCCCCACGAAGCGGGCGUGGAAGACCAGGGGGACAGGCACCCCAACAGGAAGGCUCGGGGGCAGCUGCGGACGAAAAUCGAGUCGGGGGAGGGGACGAUCCCCGUGAGGUCCAGCAACACCAUUCAGACGUGGGACGGGGUGCUGCAGGGAGAGAGGCUACUGACCAUGUCCUGCAGCGACAAAAUCGCCAGGUGGAACGUGGUGGGGGUCCAGGGCUCGCUCAUGAGCUACUUCACGGAGCCCAUCUACUUCUCCAGCAUCAUCCUGGGCAGCCUGUACCACGCCGACCACCUCUCCCGCGCCAUGUACCAGCGCAUCGCCGACAUCGAGGACCUGCCCCAGCAGUUCACCCUCAACCGACCCCUGCUCAGCGGUAUAAGUAACGCGGAAGCUCGGCAGCCAGGCAAGGCUCCUAACUUCAGUGUGAACUGGACGGUGGGGGACCAGGCGCUGGAGGUGAUCAACGCCACCACGGGGAAGGACGACAUGGGCCGGCCGUCGCGGCUCUGCAAGCAGGCGCUGUACAGCCGCUGGGUCCGCCUGCACUGCAAGCUCUCCCCCACGCUGAGGAUCAAGGUGUCCAAGCCCGGCACGUACCACGAGGCCAAGCAGGCGGCGCUGGAGUACCACAGCGCCAAGCAGACGCUCAUCAAGGCCUUCCACACGGCCGGCCUGGGGGCCUGGGUCAAGAAGCCCACGGAGCAGGACCAGUUCUCCCUCAGCUCCUGAGAGGGGGGGGCCGGUCACCGGGCCCGGAGACUUCAUACGCUGUGUGUGUGUGUGUGUGUGAGAGAGAGAGAGAGAGAGUGAGUGAGUGUGUGUGCGUAUGUAUGUGUGUAUGUGUAUGAGUAUGUACAUGCAUGUGUAUAUGUGAGAGAGUGAGUGAGUGUGUGCGACUGUGUGUGUGUGUCAGUGUUUGUGUUUGAGUGCAAGCGUGGGCGUGAGCCUGAGCGUGCACGCGUGUGUGUGUGUGUGUAUGCAUGUGCAUGCGUGUAUGUCUGAGUGUGUGUGUGCGUAUAUGUGUGUGUAUGCAUGUGCAUGCGUGUAUGUCUGAGUGUGAGUGUGCGUGCGUGUAUGUGUUUUCCAAAAUUAGAUCUGCCCCACCUGUCCUCUGCUUCACUUUUAUGUCACUAACCCAACCAAACCCCGACCCCCCCUUAAUGUCACUGCUUUAUUUUGCCUUUUUCAUCACCAUUAUUAAUAUUACUGUUAUUAUUAUUAUUAUUACAGCUACUGUUUUUAAAAGUGAAUCAUCCUUUCAAUUAAGUUGAUGUUACUGAUCUCUCAUUUAACAUGAAGUCUUACUGUUUUAACUGGAAUCUCCGUAAUUAUGUUUUUGCUGAAUUUUAUUUUAGAUAUGGUUAAGUAGCCUUUUUUAAUUAAGUGAAAAGGACAAAAAAUAGAGAAACGAGUCAGUUACCUAGAAAACCUUGCCUAAGGAGUAUGUUAAUGCCAAAUACAUAUGAAGGUCUGGGUUCGGGAUAACCACACAGCUGUGUUGGGGGAUUCUGGGUAUUGCCGCCUCUUCCUGUUUUUUUUUUUUUUUUUUUUUCACCGUCACUGGUCCACCUUUUAUUGAAAACACACAUGCAAUGCUGGUUGUAGUCUGUACAGGCUGUAGUAAAAUAUAUUGAAAUGCCUGUUAAUUAAUUUCUUGUCAUUGGUCAAAUGUUUACCAAUAGUAAAAUGCUUGAUUGUGUAUAUUGAUUUUAGGUUACCCGAGAAAAAAUUAAAUACUAUAGCAUGUCGAUUUUACCCUGGGGUGGAGAACGGAAAGCGUUCGAAACACGUGCGUUUUAUUCUUUUUUUUUUUUUUUUAAACGAAGAAAAAAAGCGAAGUAUCGGAAGCGUCUCACCCUCUAGGAUUCACAUAGUUGUCCCUAAGACAUUUUUCGUUUAUUUUUUAUUCUCUGAAGACGGAUCUGUCUGAUCUGAUUUUAACUGGGUUAUUGUAGAGCUUAAUUUGGGGAUUACGGCUGGGGUGGUGGUUAAAAAUGUUUUUUGAAUGAUGCACGUUUUAUUUUCCAAUAAAGCCAUCUCUCUGCAUGGGAUUGUUAAAGGUGAGCCGGGAUCAGUCAGUCAUUUAGCGCUGUAUGAGUAUGUUUGUAAAAUUUAAUGCCAGCAUUUUCUAUAAAAAAAAUACCAACAAACAAACAAAAAAAACCUACAGCUUGUUUAGUGCUUUUUUUAAUGUAAAUAGCGAAGAAAAACCACCUCUUGCUUGUUGUCCCCCAAAAAUUCCUUUUACACCUCUACACGGUCCCCCGACUCAAAGGAGCAUGGAUUCAGCUGGAUGGAUUCAAAAGCAUUUCGCUCCAGGAAUCGCGCUGCUUGCCGCAAAUGCUAUCCCCACCAACAGCAUUGACCUCCAGGGUAUUUUACUGUCCACUCAUGCACAAGUCAAUUAGACUGCAAAAACAAGUUUACUUCACUCUCUCCGUCCCUGGCUCACAAGGUUAUUUUAUCAGGAUAUUUUACACUUUUUUGUUUGUUUGUUUGUUUCCGUGAUUCUCUGUGAUUUCAUGUGGGGAAGACGGUGGGGACACCUUUAAUGUAAAUGGAGUACCGUGUGCUGAAUGUACUUGGUUUGUCUACUUGCCUUUGCACCUGACGGAAAUUCCGGGAGAAAAGUUAGUUGUUUGGAGAGGCUGCAUGGUGAUUUCAUUUCCAGAGUUAGAGCGAUAUUGGGAACCUGGGUGGACAAUAUUUAAAGAAUGAGAAUUCGAAUCGUGGCUCUCGCGUUUUGCGCUUAUUGUCUGGCUUUUAAUGUAGAUACAGCCGCGCACGAGAAUCAUGGACACGCCCAGUUUCGGGCUAAAUUAAUAAUGCUAGAUUUGCCUUCUAAUUGAAUGCAUGUGAGAAUCUGUAUUUUGAAAUGUGGUUAACCUUUCUGCAUCAAAUGCUGUAAAAGAACGGCAUACGUGUCUUUUAAAUUAUUUUAUUUUGAUGUUUAUUAUUAUUUUAGAUAUUCGGAAAGAGACGACUCUGUCUCUUCCCGAGUUUUUCGUACCCAUUAGACCCAGUUGUUAAUUUAUAAUAAUUUAUUACGAUAAAAAAUAUUUUCGGAGGAUAAUACAGAUUACUUGUCAUUUACUUCUCUGUUUAAAUCGAAACAAGCUCUGCACUGUAAUCACUGUCCUACCACCAGUAAGGUUUUCAGAGCUGUAAUACCUCUGUCCUGUAUUUGCCUUGUAAAUGCGGUGGGACUUAUGUCGAUGGAUAACUCCGUAUCCAAAUUCGUAGUGAUUCACAUAUUCAAAUUCAAAUCCUUCCGCGUUAACCUGGGUUUCAUGCUCGGAAUCUCACAACCCGGGGGGGUUGUUGAACUGUGAAUAUUUAGCCUAACAAAAAUAACACGCGCACACCAGUAAGCUUUGUGUUUUAAGUGAUUCACUGCUAACAAUACUCGGAGACUGAAAUGGCAAGUAGCCUAGGCUACUAUUAAAUUACAUUGUCUAAGUAUGUAAGGUCGUGCGAUAUUUUAAACCUGCAGGGCAAGAUGGUCGAUUUGCGUUUCGGUAAUGUAUGUGCGAAUACGAUUUGACCGAGCCGUGCCCGGUCCCUGUGUGCGUGCAUUGUGUGUCUGCGCGCGCGCCCGAGUGCGCGUGGCUCAGCAGCAGGGUCACUGCUGACGCGUCGCCUCGAAGGUAUGCUGGAGAAAAAGAGACCGUGGGACAUUCACCAAAGACGUCGCCGUUUUAACGUCUCCAUUUCCCGUCUAAACCAAGAGGUCGGAUAUUUGACUCUCAAGAAAAAUGUCGUCAUUUCUGUCAUCCUUUGUACACUGAUUUAAUGUAUAUUUUAUUUGGUUUAAAUGAGCCUUCAUUGUAAAUCUUUUCCUGCUUUGCAAGCCGACUCUGUUUAGUUCAAUAUUUCUAUAGCUGUCGAUUGAAAGAUGUAAAUACUGUGAAACUAUAAAAUGUUUCAAACUAUGGAAAUUAUAUAUGUAUUGCAAAUGGUGGUUAAAAAAUACACUCACCAAGUAACGUGUUCGUGUUCAGAAACACAGCUGUCAUUUCUGCUCCUGACUCUGGCCUCCGUCCCAGAGCUGCUGUGAUUUUCCGCGCGCCUCUUAAAAACGGCCUGUUCGCGUGAAAUCAUAUAAUCCCAUAUUGGCCCCCUCGAAACAUGCGAACUUCUCCAGCCCAUACGGUUUAUUGCUGACACCCUUUAGAACAGCAGUAGGAUGGUUUCUGAUAGCCAAGUCCUUGCACUGUGUGCGUACAUAGCUGGAAAAUGCAUUGUUGAAAUUUAUCUUGGUGUAGCCCACACUGGAGCGUGUACAUAGUGAAGAAGGUCUGUUUUCUGCGGUAGUCAGUUGUAUUGAUUAAUGACUUUCAACUUCACCUGAGGGGAAAAGGUGGCCCGAGAAGGACCUUCGGAUUUUAGACGCUCUUUUUAUGCGCUACCGCAAGUGCACCUCGCAAGGAAGUGCGGCGUGGCGAAGGAAGCCGGUGGAGUAGGCUACGGGACCCUUGCUGAAAGCCGCGAUGCCGUUCUGCUCGUCUGGAUACCGCAGUGGAACUGAACUGUUUCGGCUGUGCGAAAGGGACCAAGUGCAAAAUUAAUGGGUUUUUUUUGUUUGUUUGAUUUCUCUUCACCGUAAAAAGAUGUCAGUGGCUGAUGUUAUGGACAAAGUCGUUCUGGCCAAAACGGCUCGCCAUGCCUGUAGUUUUUUUAACAGUGUAUUUUUCUGUUUCUUAGUUUUUCUUUCUUUUUCUUUUUUUAUCGAUGGCCUACAUGUCCGAGUGGUCCAGCCUUUCUGACUGUGUUGUAUUUGGUGACUGUACUGUUGGGUCCAGUCCUGCCCUUAUCUGAUCCAGUCCGAACCCACGUGCUGCUCCAUUCCAACGUGUCAUCUGUAAUAUCGAAAACGUGAGCCACCUGCAUGAGUAUCCAACUCUGAAGCUGCACCCAGCAUGAGAAAAUACUUUUAAGAAACAUUCAUGUAGAAAAUGAACAAAAAAUAGAUCUUUAAGUGGAUAAAAAAAGAAUAAAUGAGAAUUUAGUUUA